AUGGAUGAGAGAAACCAAACAACAGUAGACGAAUUCAUCUUCCUUGGAUUCUCUGGUGUUCUCCAGCUUCGACUUACAUUAUUUGUGAUGUUUCUCAUUGUGUACUUGCUCUCUCUUGUGGGAAACACAAUCAUCAUCUUCAUUGUUCUGAUGGAUUCCACACUCCAGACACCCAUGUACAUUUUCUUAGGAAACUUGUCCUUCUUGGAAAUUUGGUAUACCACAGUUACAGUGCCUAAACUGCUGGCCACCUGCCUCUCACAGGUUGUGACAAUCUCUGUUUCUGGCUGUAUAAUUCAGUACUACUUCUUCUUCUCCAUGGGUGCUACUGAGUGCAUCCUGCUGGCAGUGAUGGCCUAUGAUAGGUACCUGGCUAUCUGCAACCCUCUACGGUACUCCCUCCUCAUGAGUCUUCAGAUUUGUCUAAGAUUUUCAGCUGGGUCUUGGAUUGGGGGUUUCAUUGCCCCACUCCUACCUGUCACACUGAUCUCUUACUUAAACUUUUGUGGCCCACAGAAGAUCAACCAUUUCUUCUGUGACUCAGAUCCCAUUUACAAACUCUCCUGCUCAGAUACAUUCUUGGCAGAGGCCUUGGGAUACACAUGUAGUUCCAUCGUUAUUCUAAGUUCUUUCCUUCUCACUAUGUCAUCCUAUGGCAAUAUUGUGCUCACAAUAAUCAGGCUGUCUUCCAGAGAGGCUCAGAAGAAAGCUUUUUCUACCUGCGCCUCCCACCUCACAGUGGUCACCAUCUAUUAUGGCACCAUCAUCUUUGCCUAUGUCCGACCUCCAGCCAAGUACAAUUUUACUAUCGGUAAAGUUGUGUCGGUAUUCUACUGUGUGGUCACUCCAUUGGUAAAUCCUUUUAUCUACACACUGAGAAACAAAGAUGUGAAGAAAGCUUUCACUAAAACUCUAGCACGAAAGAGAUGGUUCUGGGCCCGAAACACGCAAGAUUUUUAG